AUGACAGCGCAAGGAGGCGGCUGCCCGAACAGGCGCCUGGGGUCCUGGAUCACGCCGAAGAGAGCAGUACUUGAAUCUUACCAGGACUUUCUUCUUCUUCGUCUGGGCCAUGGCGACAAACGAAUGCAUGCCUCCUACAAUUACGACCAAUGGACGCAAUUCCCAGCCGAGAACGACAAGCAUGCACCAUUGCCAGUGGUGGACGGCGCAGUCCAGACCCAGGCAUCGAUCCUGUCUCACCAACAACGCGAGGAAGCUUACGUAGUACAGCUUGGUCGCGGUAAUGGAGCCUCAAGUCCUUCAUCAAUGCAUAUUCGCGUUGCUGUCACUGGACUCUCCAACUUGGUCGGCAGCAGCAUCCCUAGCAUGCACCAGCAGCAGAGACCGCUCGACGUGCGGCGAGCCACUAUGCGUGCUUCCGCAAGUGAUCGGGUCUCAAUGGGUUGA